AUGGCACGCGCGAUCGAUCCUCAAGAGCUAGAUCCCGAUCUACGAAUAACAAGGAGUUUUGACGAUGCCUGGCGUACCGACCUUCGUCUCAUCCGUGAGCUCAGCCUGCAGGAAAGGCAGGCGGAAGAGGAUCGAGCCUUAGCCGCAAGACUCGCUGGAAUAACGAUUAAUGAAGUCUCAGAAGAUAUCCGGAGGAUGGCGAUGCUACUCGACGAUUUCGACGACGACAGUGACAACGAAAAGGAGGAGACAGAAGGAUUCAGCCACGCAACUACUGUUAUGGCUGCUACUACCGGUGUCUCCACCGUUCAAACAACAGCGCCCAAUCUUGUCAAAUCGAAACCGUGA